UAUCUGUUUUCCCUCAUCAUGAAUUUGAGCCGUGAUGCUUAUGAAAUACGCUUACUGAUGGAACAAGAGUCUUCAGCUUAUAGCAGGCGACUGAAAGGUUCUGGAGGAGUAAUCCCAGGAGGAGUUGAAACUGGGGGACCUGGGGGACCAGGGACUCCAGGAGGAAGCCUCCCCCACCUGGCUGUGAAGCUUCAGCUCCGAGUCUUGCUCCUGGCUCGGGUCCUUCGAGGUCUCUGCUCCCCCUUCAACUUGGACGUGCAUCACCCACGCCUAUUCACAGGGCCACCAGAAGCUGAAUUUGGAUACAGCGUCUUACAACAUGUUGGGGGUGGACAGCCAUGGAUGCUGGUGGGUGCUCCCUGGGAUGGGCCUUCAGGCGACCGGAGGGGUGACGUUUAUCGCUGCUCUGUAGGGGGGACCCACAAUGCCCCAUGUGCCAAGGGCCACUUGGGUGAUUACCAACUGGGCAAUUCAUCUCAUCCUGCUGUGAAUAUGCACCUGGGGAUGUCUCUACUAGAGACAGAUGGUGAUGGGGGAUUCAUGGCCUGUGCCCCUCUCUGGUCUCGUGCUUGUGGCAGCUCUGUCUUCAGUUCCGGAAUAUGUGCCCGUGUGGAUGCUUCAUUCCAGCCCCAGGGAAGCCUGGCACCCACUGCCCAACGCUGCCCCACAUACAUGGAUGUUUUAAUCGUUUUGGAUGGCUCCAACAGCAUCUACCCCUGGUCUGAAGUUCAGACCUUCCUACGGAGACUGGUAGGGAGACUGUUUAUUGAUCCAGAACAGAUACAGGUGGGACUGGUACAGUAUGGGGAGAGCCCUGUGCAUGAGUGGUCCCUGGGAGAUUUCCGAACCAAGGAAGAAGUGGUGAGAGCAGCAAGGAACCUCAGUCGGCGAGAGGGACGAGAAACAAAGACUGCUCAAGCAAUAAUGGUGGCCUGCACAGAAGGGUUUAGUCAAUCCCAUGGGGGCCGACCAGAGGCUGCCAGGCUACUAGUAGUUGUCACUGAUGGAGAAUCACAUGAUGGAGAGGAGCUUCCUGCAGCAUUAAAGGCCUGUGAGGCUGGAAGAGUCAUACGCUAUGGGAUUGCAGUCCUUGGUCACUACCUCCGGCGGCAGCGAGACCCUAGCUCUUUCCUUCAGGAAAUUAGAGCUAUUGCCAGUGACCCUGAUGAGCGAUUCUUCUUCAAUGUCACAGAUGAGGCUGCACUGACUGACAUUGUGGAUGCACUAGGAGACCGAAUUUUUGGCCUUGAGGGGUCCCAUGGAGAAAAUGAAAGUUCCUUUGGGCUGGAAAUGUCUCAGAUUGGUUUCUCCACUCAUCAACUGAAGGAUGGAAUUCUCUUUGGGAUGGUGGGGGCCUAUGACUGGGGAGGCUCAGUGUUAUGGCUUGAAGAAGGUCGCCGCCUUUCCCCCCCACGAACAGCCCUGGAAGAUGAAUUUCCCCCUGCGUUGCAGAACCAUGCAGCCUACCUAGGUUACUCUGUUUCCUCCAUGCUUUUGCAAGGUGGACGACGCCUCUUUCUCUCAGGGGCUCCUAGGUUUAAACAUCGAGGAAAAGUCAUUGCCUUCCAGCUUAAGAAAGAUGGGGCUGUGAGGGUUGCCCACAGUCUCCAGGGAGAGCAGAUUGGUUCGUACUUUGGCAGUGAGCUCUGUCCAUUGGAUACGGAUAGGGAUGGAACAACUGAUGUCUUACUUGUGGCUGCCCCCAUGUUCCUGGGACCCCAGAACAAGGAGACAGGACGUGUUUAUGUGUAUGUUGUGGGCCAGCAAUCUUUGCUGAUGCUCCAAGAAACACUUCAGCCAGAACUUCCCCAGGAUGCUCGGUUUGGCUUUGCCAUGGGUGCCCUUCCUGAUCUGAACCAAGAUGGUUUUGCUGAUGUGGCUGUGGGGGCUCCCCUGGAAGAUGGGCACCAGGGAGCACUGUACCUGUAUCAUGGAACCCAAAGUGGAGUCAGGCGCCAUCCUGCUCAGCGGAUUGCUGCUGUCUCCAUGCCACAGGCUCUCAGCUACUUUGGCCGAAGUGUGGAUGGCCGGCUAGAUCUUGAUGGAGAUGAUCUGGUAGAUGUGGCUGUGGGUGCCCAUGGGGCGGCCAUCCUGCUCAG